AUGGCUCUUUCAAAGCAAGUAAGUGAAUUUUCCUGACUCCAAGCAAUGAAUUUGAAGUCGAAUCUACUUUGACAAUAAGGACUAACCUUUAGCUGUAUUUGUAGCACACUCAGACCAUGCCACACCCUCACGACAGUUAUCAAAAGUUACUGAAAAGGCUUACUCUCAGUUGAAUCAGUUGCUACACAAAACAUAACGCUGUAUAAUUUUCUGAUGUUCAGUUACUUGCCUUUCUCUGUCAUGGGCGGCUAUUAAUUUUUUUUUUGUAUUUUAAAAUCUAUUUUUGUACUAAACGUAAUCAAUUGUCUUUCAAGUGGAAUUCUGCAAAUUAGUCUUAUUUAUUUUCAGAGUUUUCCUGAGUUUAAAUACAUUUUGUAUCAAUAAAUACACAUGAUCCAAAAUGAAAAUUUACAAUACAAGGCUUAGUCACUGCAGAACUAUUCCAAGAAAAAUACCGCGGUAAACUUUAAAUGUCCUGCACAGACAACGAAACUUUCUUUCUUUCUUGAAAUUAUUCCGAGCGUAGCGACUUUAUAGCGUAGCGCGCGCAGUCUGCUAACCGCGCGUGGUUUUAGCCAGCUGCAGGAGCCCAUCAACGCCGACAACAAGAGACAGAGGAACAGGAGAUUGGAAUCAGAGGCAUUAUGAUCGUUUUACACUGUCGAAAACCCAGAUUUCUUAGUUUGCCGGUUUCCCCGCCGAUAUAUAGAUCAAAGUCUGCAAAGUUUCAGCUCAGUAUUACGGCCCGAAGAAUAAUAAUUUUCACCGGGCGAACUGCACCGGGCCAUAUUUGUUCUUUGUUUUUUUUCUUUUUCUAAAUCCGUACGCAGAAAUAAUGCUAAGGGAGCAUUCAUAAUUUACCUAGAGGGUGGGCUAUGAUGAUUUUGAGGGGGGGUCACUCUUUUUCCCUACUAUGAUUUAGGGGGGGCUGUGGAAAAUUUCCAACGAAAAUUACAUCGAGCAUAGGGGGGGGGCAAACAUUUUUUUCCUGAAAAAGAAAAGGAAAUGAAAAUAUGCUGUUGGACGCUCUUAUAAUUCCUGUCUUUUAUUUCAUUUCGACAAAAUGUUGAUACAGAACUAGAGUAUGAAACUUGAUGCAUGACGCCCACUUCUUGUGCUACAAGGUGUCUUUGCGAGUGGCUCAAACUCACUCUCGUCACCCUCCUCACACUCGCUCUCCUCACUCUCACUCUCCUCACUCCGUGUUUCCCCCAAGACAGUGUCGUCGCCUUCGUCAUCAUCAUCAUCAGCGACUGCUUCUGGCUCUUGUAAAAGACGUUGCCCUGUUACAGUCAUGGUUCUCAAUGCCUCAGCCCUAGUCUCUUUCAAAUGAGUGGUAAUCAGUUCCAGUUUUUCUUUUUUCAGCUUUUUUUUCCAAGGUAACGAGUGAUUCUUCAAAUAUACAGAUCUUCAUUUAAAAACACUGCACUAACAACUGGUGAUGAUCUAUCAGACCAUUAGCUUCUAAAUCUGCUUGAAACAAAUUUAUAUGAAAUGUAUGUUCAGUGCAACUAAAAGACCACUUUCUCUCCAGUACCAAUUGAGAUAGUUAAAUUUAUUAUCAGCCAAUAAUUCAAUCAGCUUUUCUCAAGAAUGUCCAAAAUAGAACAAUUUUGAAUUCAAAAUGCGUAGAGAUUUAAUUGUACAGAACAUUAUAUUUUCAGAAAUUGACAUCUUGAAAUAUCACCAUUUCAUUAGUGCAAGUUGUUACUGAUUUACUAUGCUAAUUACUAAUAAAGCUCAAUAUACCUGUCACAAGACUUUGAUAUGGCUAAGGGUGAGUUUGACAUAUUGUACUUAUGUGCUGGGGGCGGGGGGGGGCUAUGAUAUUUUCCUUUGAUAAAUCAACAUCUCUUGAGGGGGGGUCAGAAAAAAAACCCUGGGAUGAUCAGGGGGGGGCUUCAAAAAAAUGACAGAAAAAAUAAGGAAAUCAUCAUAGCCCACCCUCUAGAUAAAUUAUGAAUGCUCCCUAAAUCUGCUUUUCAAUACACUGUUAAGAGCAAAUGUCUGUAAAAAUCGAGCAAAAUCGAAAUUUCGCGCCCACAGUCAAAAAAUCACUUUCGCUCAUAUCUUGUCCAUAGAUAGGCAUAAGUAAGUAACUAAACGUGGCGUAGUUUGUUUUUCAAAAGGCCGCUUGGAUUUGGCGAAAAUCGACAAAAUCAAUUUUCGUGGUCGGCGACUUGAAAACAACCAAAAUUUGAGGCAAAAUCAGGCGGUCUCAAACCUUCGCUCGCACGCACAUAGGAAGAAAGCGGGGUAAAAUAUUCCCCCGAUAAAUCAAUUUAUAAAGGGUUCUACUUCUGGUUUGGUGAUGAAUUCUUAUCUUAACGAUAAUCUGGAAGAUAAACAAUGUUAUUUUAGUUUGGAUUCUUUUUCAACUAAACGAAAUUUAAAUUUAAGCAGAAAGUUGUGUGUUAUAUUUUAGGCAUGUGCUACACCUAGGUUUUACCUGAAACUCAAGUCAUAUGUUAUUUAAACAUUGUGCUAAAACAUAUGAAAGAAUUGGCCUGGGUAAUUAAAUUUGUACUUCACACCAACCUUCUGAAGUUGAAUAAAUUUUGCUUGAAAUAUGAGACUUUUCAAGAACGUCGGUUGGUUGUUGCCCGACAAGUCACGAUGGCUGGGCUCUCCAAAAGAAACUUAACUCACAAUCGCAUUUGUAUUAAAGACAUUUGUACUGAAACGAUAAUUUUUGUUACCUCAAAUGCGUUUUCCCGUUCUGGUUAACUGGCAUUGCGCCUUGUCCCAAGCUAAUCAACCGAAGAUCCAAAAACUCGAGGAAACGUGGUGCGUGAAAAUAACCUCAAACAGAACAUUUCUUGAUACUGCUGGCCUUUCUUUUCCGCAGUCAAACUUUUACAUCCAUUGCCAUUUAAAAAUUCUAGGUCUCACAAAAACUGCGAUUUUGAUAGUGAAACUUUCGGGCUGCCGUUACCUCUUUGGUCAUAAAAGUGUGGUCAAAAGUGUUGCGUGACAGGAUUCACAGGCUUCCCAAUCUAACCAUUUGAGCGACGCCUUUUUUUAAAGUUCUUGCCACAAGUAGCAUAUUAUGCUAGUAACAAUCCAAAUCAUGUUUUUCAGUUUUCUUUUUGUCCUAAGUUUUCUUAAAGUGUGCUUCCAUACAAUACUAAAUUAAUAAGUCCAGAAAUAUCGUUUUUCACGUCAACUUCCCCCCGUUGCCUUGUAUGUUCAGGCUUCAAUCUCUAGCUAUUUCAACGCAUUAUUACCUAUCAGGCGGCUGUCUUUCCUCUCGCAUAUGCAAGUUCCAUUGUUUUGGAUAACAGUUUUUGUAAACAUUCUGCAAUUAUCUUUCAGUAUAUAUUUUUUUCUAAUCUGGUUAUUCGAUCGUCAAACUCUUGUUUCUGUUUAUAUAGAGGAACCCUGCAUUGUAACCACCCCGUUUAUACGACCACCUCUUGCCUCAGCUCACCUCCCAUAGUCUUUCCAUUCAGACUUGAAAAUCUCCGGGUCAUUUUAUUAUUUUAAAGACCUCUUUAAUGCGACCACCUCGCUAUUACGACCAGGAUUUUAUGGCCCAACGCUGGUCGCAUCAACGGGGUUUUACUGUAUUUUUUAAUUUCAGUUUUCCACAUUGUAGGACAAAAAAAAAUGUACGUCAGCUGGACUAUGGAAAUUAAUGUAAAGAACUAAAAUUUGGGCCUCGCUUAAAGCAGAAGGGUCACCCGCCUACCCGAGCUUCCCUGAAAGAGGCAACGUUUCACGCAUUUCUUUACAAAACAUGGCGAACCGUUUAAAUUACAAAAAGUUGGCUCGGCUAGAAGGGUGACCCACCUUGUCCAGUCACCCUUUUGUAAUGGUAUGGUCGGCCUCCUAACCGGGCCAACGUUUCUCCGUAGGCACUUUACGCGCUUUCCAUUCAACAAAAAUUCCUGUUUGAAAUUUCGGAAAAACCUCGUGCCCAUUGGAAGGUACAUUCCAGUUGCAAAGAUCAAACCAAAGCCACCGCGAGUUUGGUUAUCGUGCUUGUAAGCAGGAUAUAGAUCAGUGGUCCUGGUAAUUCCCGUCUAGAUCAGAUCCGAUCCGUAUCGGUAAAGGGCUCGCAUAGCCAAGGCGAGACAAUUGGAGCAUGCGCGAAGGCCGGUUGGGGUCAAUAUUUUUUUUUCUCUCGGCUGGGAGGGUGACUCUCCUACGCGAGACAGGUUUUCUCCGUAUAAAGGGAAUUAAAAUUUUCGGAUACGAAAUUGUUAUAGAGAAAGAAUCAGAAAAAAUUUCAAAAUUCUCAAAAAAAAAAAUAUUGAAGCUCUUGUAAUUUCGAUCGAAAAGGCUAUUCAAGUUGCGCUGUGGAUGACCGAACAGUUGUUAUAAUUAUAUGGCGUCGCAAAGAACUUAGUAAUUUAGAUAACCUAAAAGGGUUUUCAAUGUAAUUAGGAGGAAACUGUUGUUGGGUGCUCCUGUCAACGCUUCCACUACUUUCUCUACCCACACAGUUUUUUUUUCAGUUUUACUCUCGGUAAUUUUGCGAUUUUCUGAGUGUGCACUUUAGUACCGGUCUCGAGACUGAAACUUGGUGGCUCGUCAGAAAUUCUUGAUCAGAACUCUAGAAAAGAAAGUCUCCAACCAUAACUUUCUCUGGCAGUCAUCAAUGAAAAGGACAUUGAGGCUGCAUCCGCUUCUGGGCCCGUUCAAUUCUUGAAAGUCCCGAUAAUUAACGGGCCCCUAAAGCUGUCGUUGUUUACAUGCAAGAUGGAAAUUUCAAUAGUUUUGCAUCUAACAUGAUAAAACUAUCAGUUGAUGAAAAAAAUUGAGUUAUUUUGCUAGCCGGGACCCGCGCUCCUUUUAUUCCUUUUAUUUCGAUUUGAAUAUUUUAUUUCGGGCCCGAAAAGUUAUAGGGGCUUUGGACAAACGGGCCCCUGGUCCGUUGUCUAAGGCCGCAAGACGGAAUUUACUGGAAAAGUAAACAUAAUGCUUUUGCCUAAACAGUGUCCUUUUAACGUGAAUUUGAAGACGUCAGGGCCUAACCCAUUGGUAAACACGUUUGAUUCCAGCUUUCUAACUUGCUGUAUCGGCGGUAUAUCAUCUUAGUGUCAGAUUUUAAAGCUUGUUUGAGUAGCCGAGCAUGCUGUAAGGAGGAAAUUGUCUGAUAUACUUUGACGUAUCCUUUGGUAAAGGAAUGAGAGAGGAACAGGUCAGCGUUCUAGACCCCAGGUUGCCUUCAUUGUAUAUAUUCGAUACUAGAAACUGAAACUCAUGCCUUAAGUCUUCAGACUCAAGGAGAGGUUUGUAGACUUGAAAAUAGCGCUACGUCAUCUACCACUCCACAAGGCCGCCCUGCCUGGAUAGCAUUUCCUCAAUUACUUUACAAUAUUUUCUUAGUUGCGUGUGCUAAUGUAAGUUUUUUAAUGCUGGUUAGCCUGUGUAAGCAUUUGAAAACUAGAGACAGGGAGACAGGGUUUAGAGCAAAUUGCUUACCUAACGUCCUUGAGCAAGAGUUACGGCGUAGCCCUUGGCUUUGGACGGAUUUUUCUAUCCCCUCAACGACCUUUCGAUCGGAGUCUUAGGGAAAGCGCCCUUACACUUGGUAAGAUUCAGAGCAACCCUUCCACAAAAUAUACAUAUAAAAUAACAUGACUUUUUUUUAUUGAUUCUUCACUCAAAACUAAAAGAUCAUUUAUCGAGGUUGUCCAAAGUUUAAAACCUACUCAGUGUUCGUGUGCACUGGCAGGGUGUAUGAUUUUGAUGUUUUUCAAAUUCCUUAAUAGUCAAUGCUUUUAUCACACGCGCAGGUGUCCGAAAAACUGAUCACCACUUUACACUUUUAAAUCAAGUACUGUUGGCAGCCAGACUAUGCAACCUUUCAGUUGUUGUAUAAUUAAACAAAUAACUUUGGAAACAUCAAAGAAAUGUAUAAACAAUUUUGUUUUCUGCUUAUUCUUAUGUUCGAAAGAUGAUGUUCGUUGUCAUGCAACACCACUCCUUGUCUUCUCACACUUCCUCGCUGUACAUUGCAACUGAUUCUAUCAAAUGGUAAGGACAUCUUUCAAAAAUACCGCGGUAAACUUUAAAUGUCCUGCACAGACAACGAAACUUUCUUUUUGAACUUACGAGAAACACUGGUCACAAAUAUUGUCUUGCGGUGUGGUGCAGUGAAAGCUUUUAUUGAAAUUUUCGAAGAAAACAAAAAAACCUUUUCGAUAAUUGUUAUUACCAAAAGAAGUAUUUUUGUCGUAAACCACUUGAGUGAGUAGGUUUAUUCGUUUGACUAAAGUUAGGACUACAAGUAUCGAAGAACCCGCGACACUGCAAGAGACAUAAUUGAGGGCCUGCGCAGUUCAAGCCUCUACCCCAAUAUUCACAUAAUUCUGCACCUUUUGUUGACCAGUCACUGAAGUGCAACUCUUCACUGCGCUUUGUGAAGAAUGUUUAUGCUAGCACUAUGAGAGAAAAUCGCCUAAAUGCUCUUUUUGCUGCACUUUAUUUACAAGGGCAUAGCCUUGGAUUAUAAUGCAAUCAUUGACGACUAUGCCAAACGUAACCAAAAAAGGAUGUCAUUCAUCUCGGAUUCAUCAAUGACCCGCAGUGAUUGGUUUUCAGUUAUCUUCGGUGGUUGGAAUAAUAUGAAUAAAGGAAAUGACGCUGUAGACAGUUGCCUAUCACUACUGCUGCGAUUUCCUUUUGGAAAUCGUCUUUGAGAAAAAGCCUUGACUGUUGCUCAAAAACACUCCCGGAAUACUAUAAGCAGCAUCUUCUCGAGCGUGAAUUUUCUAUGGGGUGGCGUUCAGGGGAGAGAGGCUUCCUUCUUUCUUUUGGAGUAAAACAAGAAAUAUUGCAGAACAGCAGAAAGGCCCCUUCGUCGAUUUUUUCUGAGGGGAGGGGCCCGCUGUACAAUGACUAGGUUUGCCCAGCAGCACACUGACUCGAUCAAUGAGCCUUCAAAGGUCGGUCUGAAGCGUUUCCAGAGUGGUGAAUUUUCAAGCCUUUCGAUAAAGUAGUAAAUACUGGGUAUAGAGGAGUUCAGUUUGUCGUGGGGACAUCCAAAGCUUUAUAAAAACCACCUCUCUUGUAAAAGCCCAUUCACAUUAGUUAUUUCGAUCACGCUGUUUUUGCGUUACUUUACUAUAUAUACCGCAGACCUAGUUAGAGCCAAUGCCUUAUAGUACAGGCUCUCGCAGUUGUCUUAUAAAAACAAUACCUUUUAAAACUUCAAGAAUUAAGUCGUCGUUUUGCUUAGUUGAAUCGCACGUGAAAACCUCGUGAAUCUAUCUACGACAAUGAAGAAAAUCGAUCUUUACCCCUAUUUGCGGCUCGUAUCUAGCCAAAGACCACAACUUUUUUACGAGAUUAGUUUACUCAGUACAGCUUUCAAAAAGUCAGCUGUCUUUCAAAACUUCUAUCGAGCCAAUCGGAAUGCCUUACCGGAGCCUAUUUUAUUAAUGUUUAACCGGAAAUAUGGGAACGCAUUUUUUCUUUUUAGCUUUUAUUUAAUUAAACACCAAAAAAAGGUAAAAGAUCGUUUCAUAUACUGCUUUUGCAGUUAAUUCAUGCGCACUAAUUUUAAAACGGUUAAUAAAACCGGGUGCGUGGAUUGAUAUUUGCGCGACUUAUAGAUAAUCAAACAAGCAAAUGAAUAAAUGAAUAAAUGAAAAAAUAAUGGUUUUUAUCAUCAUUUUCUUGUAAGACUGGGAUCCAAACUGAAAUGAAUACCAAGUUUCAUAUGGAAGGGACCGUCAAUGGAUACCCCUUCGAGGUAGAAGGAAAAGGAAGUGGACGUCCUUACGAGUAAGUUCCAGCUAGUUAAAUGCAGUAGCCUCUUGUUUAAAACAGAUCUCAAACAAUAAACCCCAAACCUCCCACGCUUUUUUUAAAGGGACUUUUUCCCUACCACCGAAUCAUUUCAGCCUUAAUCGUGCACGCCUAAAAAAACGCUCAAAGUAUACUUAUUUUAAAUAGGCAUCAGGGCUCCUGGCAGACCUAGUGUUCUGGUGCAGGAACAGAACCUAAUUACCAUGAUAGCCUGGUUUAUUACGAGCAGCAAAUUCUGACUUCUACUGGUUAUAAACAAGUAUACAAGGGGGAGGGGGGGGGAAGGGGGGGGAAGGGGGGGCGUUAGCAAACUAAAUAUAAAAUAUGCUAAUUUCCAAUGCGUAUAAACUCUUUCUUUAAAAAGGGGUGUGCAGACCAUGAAGCUUAAAGUCACUAAGGGUGCGCCUCUGCCAUUUUCUAUUGACAUUUUGCUGCCUCAAGAAAUGUAUGGAAGCAAGCCAUUUAUUAAGUAUCCAAAGGAUAUCCCAGACUACAUCAAGUUGUCAUUUCCCGAGGGAAUCACAUGGGAAAGAACCAUGACUUUCGAAGAUGGUGCAGUGUGCACUGCCUCUAACGACUCCAGGUAAUCGAAACUAAAUUUGAAUAAUUUGAAUUAUUCAAAUAAUUGUUAAAACAAUUAUUGGAUGAGUAUCAUCUGAAGAAUUAUGAAGAUCGAGGACGGUGUUAUCCAUCAGCCGAGGCGGAAAAUUCUUUAGGUGAUUCGAAAGCCGAAUUCAAUGAUUAUUUUAUUAUUCAUUCAAAACAAUUCCCAGUUUAAAAACAAGCUAAAACAUGCUUACCUUCAUCAAUGCUAAGUUCAUCUUUAAUUGCCUGUUCAUCGGCAAGUUUAAGAGAUUAAGACUUAUUCAGUACUGCAAAUAUUCUCCAAAGAGCACAUGUCGUCCGUCGAGUUGUCUUCUUGCUGUUCUUGCUGUGUUUUUAGCCAAUAGUUCGCCUAUUUCUUCCCCGUGAAACGAGUCAGUGAAAUGUUCUGCCAUUUUGUACUCGGUAAGCACUUGUUAAGCACUUGUUUCCAUAUCUCAAACCUCCCUCUCCCUUUUCACUUACACUUACAUGAAAUUUCUAAGUUUUUUGACUCAGAGACUUAGUUUCUACUCAAAAAUGUCGUCAAAGUGCAAGUCUCUUCAAUUUUAAAGAAAAAAAAAUGCGAGUCACGAGCAGGUAUCGAUCCCGGAGUGCUAAAUCUGUAGUCUCACGCCCUAAUCACUAGACCACCGAGAACUCAUUGCAGGAACCUGGAGUAAUUCAACUAGUGUAGCGAAAACCCUAACCCUAAAUAAAAGCUAACCGUUAACCCUAAUCACUAUUGUAAGUGCUUAACCCUAAUCAGUAUGGUCAGUGCUUAACCUAAAUCAGUAUUGUUAGUGCUUAACCCUAAUCACUAUAGUCAGGGCUCACUCAUAUAUGUAUAUAUAUAUGCAAUUACUUUGUGUGGGCAUCACAAGGUAUCCAAGGGCGCUUUGAGAUAUCCAAACUAGCGUUUACCGUUUUGGUUACCAAAACAACUCAAUCUCGUCCCCAGGUCUUCUCGGUUAAAUGUUCAGUUUUCUGGCAAGUAUGCUGCACAGUUUACGUCAUUUUUCACAUAUCGCAAAAUUCUUCUAAAUUUGGUGCACAGUAGCUGGUUAUGAUGAAUUAUGCCUGGGAUUUUAGCUAAUCAGAAAGGAAGAAAUGUUUUGAAUGAAUAAUAACAAAAAUUAUUGGAACACAACAGUAGAUAUUACCUAUUACCUGAUCCACGUUGCUAACGAGUAGCUAACUAGGGUUGGUUAUCAACCCUUGUUCAUUAUAACUGCAAAAAAAAAUUUUUCUAGCUCUGUCAGAGAACAGGUGUAGAUGUCCGAUAUUUCAACCACUGUGAAUGAACCAAUUAUGUUGACGAAAACACUAGUAUAGGUCUUCUGUCAGUACAUAGUGGUGCAGAUAUAUGCAAUAUAUGUGGUCUGGAAAUCGUCCAGUACUUUUCACCUCUCAAGACUUGCGAAAUAACUUUUAAUAAAAUAUCUUUUUUAUGAAGACUCGUUGGCAACUGUUUCAUCUAUGAAGUCAAGUUUCAAGGUGUAAACUUUCCCCGGGAUGGACCUGUUAUGCAGAAGAAGACAAAAGGCUGGGAGCCGUCCACUGAGAGACUGUAUGAGUGGGAUGGGUGUCAGAGAGGAGAUGUCGACAUGGCCUUGAAGUUGGAGGACGGUGGCCAUUAUACGGUCAACUUCAAAACUACUUACAGGUAAGUUAUUUACCCCUGCGCCUUCACAAUUGCAAUAUAAGCAAAGCGAGACAUUUUUAAAAUUUACUUUUGUCUUAGCCCUUUAAGUCCCAUGGGUGAUCAACAUCAAUUUCCUCCUAAUGAUAUCCAUAAUUUGUCAAGAGACUAGGUUAUGAGAAUUAAUAAUAUAUAGAUUUAGCCAGGGCUAAAAGCGAGGCUCCCAUUAAUAAAUUUAUAAUUUAAAUUAAACAAUAAACUUGUAUUCGAAUUCCACAAUUCAGUUAACUUUAGAGCACAUUUAUGUGACUUUUGAGGGAAAGGCUACCUGAUUUUAGAGAAAAAUAAUUUGCAAACAGCCCAAGAGUGAACCAAAUCUUACAUCGAGUUGAUAGCCUCAUAUGUACACCCAAAAACUGGUAAUCAUCUUCGAUCACAUUUAAGAGCCAUAACGGCUCUUAAUCACCGUAGAUUAAUUAGUGGAAAAAAAAAUCAGACCAACUUUUUUGCGUUCGACAAGUUUACUUUGCAAAAUCUUGUCAACAAAUCUGGGUGCGUGUAAACCAACCUUUUAUACCAUUUAUACAUCACAUCUCAGGUGAAACAGUAGUAUGAGGCACUGUUUUUAUCAUACCGGCAGACCUCGGACAGAAAGCAGUAUUUCACAAUACAAAUUGCACUCAUUCAAUAUUCAUAAACUGUUAAAAAAAUUUCCAAAAUCACCUAUACGGCCAUCCGGUUCUCACUUUUGUAGUGUGAGCUGUGGCGAGUGUUUGAAUGAACAUUAACAGAGUUACGCUCCAACAUUAUAAAGAAUUUAUUCUGUUUAUUUUUUAUUUAAUGGUUUAUUAACGCGCGGCAUUUUGAGUACUCCUGCAAGCGAUGUUCACUGAACGACUGAAAACAAUCGGCACAGCGAUUAAAAUUACAAGAGAGACUACUAACAAUCAAUAAAAGAAAUAUAAUUCGGUGAAACAUAUACAAAAACAACAAUUUUCAUUCAGGAAGACAAAUAUUAAAGUAUCCCUAAAAAUCCUGAGUCUUCAAGCUUCAAGCUUAAGUUUAUGUUUUAAGCCGGCUUCCCGGUGUUUGCUUUUUUCAAAGACGAACUCGAGGCAAGAAAAUCGCUCAAAGCUUUCUUUUCCGGCCAGAAUUAUAACUAAAUAUUCUUUGGAAUGUUUUCUUUCUAUUUGCGGUGAGAAACUGUCGAAAGGCUUUUUAAAGUUCUGUAAGCUUAUAUCAAACCUGAUACUCGGUCAGAUCAUUGUCUCAAAUCUUACAAACGUGCAUAAACUAAAUGACCGCAUAAACUCCGCUCGACUUCAUUAAAUUAGAUCCAAAAAAACAAACAUCAAAUACAAUAAUUUCUCUGGCUUACCAUUCGAGAUGCAGCUCCUGAAAGGUAUCAAGAAAAGCCAGUAUCGCUUCAGACUUUGCAAUCCUCUUACGCAUCAAGCAAGGUGAAAACGAAAACGAUGCCAUCCGAAAUCGGAUUUCCGACUUUGACAAGCGACGUAUUCCUCAACCAAAAACCCAAUAAACAAACUAGCCAUGAAUAACAGAGGACUCCUGAUAGCAGCUGAAUUUCAUUUUGCACAUCCAGUGGAAAAAGACAGUUAAAAACAUCACAAGUUGACACAAAACUCUGUCAGCUUCAGCUGUCAAAGUAAACAAGAUUCAAGAUGCUGCAUAAAUUUUCCGCAUGAACUCACCUGUCAAAUUUUGACCAAUCAGAGCAUAAAAAUUGGACGUAGAGCGUGACCAACGCGUGACCAUGGUGAGAAAAGUCAAAAGCAACUGUCUUCCCUGCCUGUAACAGCUGGCUGAAUUUUCGCGUCCGAGGUCAGUUUGCAAUCAAAAUUUUAAUUGUGUAGCACAUAAACACAACAUAUUUCAUAUGAAUUUAGAAAAAACUUGAACUUGAGCCUGCGAUCACUUGAAAACUAGUAACUUGUCAGCGGAUAACUUCAAAAAAAUACUUGACCUCGAUGGGUCGACACCUGAGCCCGCGAUACGGUCAAGUGAUACUGGUCAGCGGGUACCCUGUUUUGACAGCUGUCAAUUGAUCAAAACAUUGAUGUCCAAUAUGUGUGCAUUAUCAGUUUAACUAGUAAAAGUAUGAGAUUGAACAUUGUUCGCGAUCUAGUAAAACAAUUAACUGGUCAGCGGACAGCUUCCAAAUAAAUCACGUCACCUCGAUGAGUUGACACAUGAGCCCGCGAUAUGGUCAUGGGAUACUGGUCAGUGGCUAUCCUGUUUUGACAGCUGUCAAUUGACCAUAUUGUGAAUGUCCUAAAAUCCUAUAUUAAAGAUGUGGACUUGCCAAGACACGCCUGAGACACCCCUCCCUUCCUUUUGAUAGUCUCCCCUACCCCACCCGUACAAUCUGUAGACGCGUACGUACGUAUGUACGUACGUACGUACGUACGUACGCUCGGUCAAUCACGUGACAACCAAACGAAAAGAGGUUGACCAUAUUCCAUGAGUAUGGGGCUCUGUCCCACGCGCGCUUCGCGCGCGCGGGAGCCCCGCUAUAAUUAUCAACAAUGGGAAAAUGCCUUGAUCUUUUAUCAGAUUCUCUCAACACAUUCUUUAUGGAAAUGUAUAGAGAUUAGUUUGGAGAAUUUGUAUGUGGAUAUUGGGACUUAAAGGUUUAAACUGUGAAUCAAAUAGCCACUACUACGCAAUAGUGCUUUUCGCUUUUCAUGAUAGCUUGUGAUUUUGUACAAUCGUGCUUCUCAUAUUCACGUGGUUUUUUCCGACUCAAACACGUAAAAACUCAGAAUCAGCUCGUACAGCAUAAUAAACAAUAAGACCACAAGGGAAAAAUAAAUGUACAAAUGGUUGUUUUAAGUGGUCACUACACAGCAUUUCUUCCACAGACCCAAACGUUAGAACCUCCUUGAAAAGCAUUUUAUAAACAGGACCACAAAAAAGUACUGCUUAGUAGCUUUCAGGUCUUACCAUAAGAUUUUAUCCACAGACUCGAAAGCACGUUCAGUCAGAACGAACCAACUCUGGUACAACAUAAUAAACAGUACCACAGCAAAGUACGUAUAUACCGGCCAAGAGGAUCCAACUGAAUGAAGCUAGACACUUUUUAGGAUUUCGUCCAAGAACUUAGACGCACGUAGCCAUGUCGCAACGUCCCUUAGGGCUGUGCAUAAUGCACCCGCCCGAUAACGCCGUUCUAAUACUGAGAAGGGGAUUUACGGAGCAAGUUUAUAACUAAGAUUUAAAACAAGAAUAAGUAAUAGUAGAAGUAACUCCAAGUAGGCUACUCCUGAGCCAAUUUAUUAUCGCGAUAGCUUUCGUAUUGCUCGUCCUAACCAGUAUCUGAGAGCAUGGAACAGGCUAAAAUUCUCAUAAAUGGCGUUUAAUAUAACUGUACGAGAUUAAAACGACAAUGAACCGUUCUGUAAACUGAAUUGAACAGUUUGGCCAAAACAAGGCUUAAACAUCCGAUUUCCUGAUAAUCAACACCAAACUACAAUUAAAGCAACCGAACAAAUUAAACAUAAAGAGAAAAAGAGAAAACUGAUGGAAGAAGAAGCCGGUAAAACAUGGGCACCCAACGACAAUUUUUGGAAAAUAUCUGUUCGGAAGACGAUUUGAGAUCUAGAAUUUUCGGAACAUUUGUUGUAAAAUUUCUUGCUUCCCUGCUUCUCCUAGGAUUUGACAACAUCUAAAAAUGGUAUAAUUGCCCAUUUUUAACGGCUUUUUUCCGUAAAAAAGUCACGUAGAAUUUUCGGGAGCCUUUUUUCUGGCUGAAAUUUUCGAAAAGGUAGACUUUCAGCUAGGAAAUCCGAACAGAUGAAAAAUUUUGGGGGGAUAAAAAUAUGCCUAUAUCUUCUGUUUAAAUACUAAAAUACGUCCAACAACGCUAUGUUUAAGUGGUUUUGAACUAUAUUCUCGUUGGGUGCCCCGGGUAAAAGAAAAAAUAAUUGUUGUCUCAGUUUUUAUUAUGAUCCAUUCCCGAGACAAGACAAAGGGCAAUAACCGAAAAUGAAUGUGGAAGAGUAUUGAGGUAGACGUUUAUCAACGAGACAAAUUUUGUGGCUUGAUCUAUUUGCAUGGCAUUUUGAUUGUUAGUCAGCGUCUAUUUUCAACCUAACAUUAAUUGUUUGUUUGGUUUUUGCAGAUCAAAGAAGCCGGGCUUGAAGGUGCCACCGUAUCACUUCGUUGACCACAAACUAGUUCUACUGAGCCACGAAAUCGAUGGUGUCAGUGAAGAGUUUGAGCAAAAAGAAACUGCUCAGGCACAUCUUUCUAACAUAGCCUAA